GCGGUAGCCAGGAGUUCUCUGAGGGUUCCCCGGGCUGAAGGCGAGCACUCCAAAGCAGAAAGCAGAAGCUGGGAGAGACCGUCAGCUUUGCACCAGCCAUGUCGACCUCCUUGAGAGUCAGCCCUUCUGUCCACGGCUAUCACUUUGAUACGGCCCUGCGCAAGAAAGCGGUGGCCAACAUCUUCGAGAGCAUGGACCAAGACUCCCUGGAGAAGCUCUUCAAGAAAUCGGGGGACCGGAAAGCAGAAGAACGGGCCAAAAUCAUCCUGGCCACUGACCAGGAGUUGGAAGAGAAAGCCAAAUCCCUCAUGGCUUUGAAGCAACGGACGAGGGAGAAGCUUUUCCAGUUCCUGAGGUUCGGAAAACACUCCAUCAAAGUCCACUGAAGGCGUCAUCUGAGCCCACUCUUCAUCCAGACUCGUCGUUUGUUGCAGGAAAGUAUCACACCGCCGGCUGCGACAACAGGAGGGUGGAAACUGCUGGGGAGAAUCAGCCAUGGGUGCUGUGCCCCAUUUCCAGACACUCCAGAACUAUCCACUCCGUCUGAUGGCUUGAGCUUGCCAAGGCAGCUCUCGAGGUGGGCCAGUGGGUCAUCAAGGCUGCAGGACCCUGAGUCCCACCAAGGGAAGGCAAGGGACAUGGCCACGUGGCCAGGCAUACCUUUUCAAGUUCGGCUUAGGACUCGAGCACAGACAAGCCGACCAGUGGCGAACAUAUGUUUCCUCUUGGACUGUGUCACUGACUCUCUGAGGAGUCUUUUCCUGAUAUUCGUUUAUUGACUGCAUAAAGCCUUCCCUAAGCCUCUCUGUUGUUUGCGGGGAUGGAAAAGGAUUAACGAGCGAUCCGUGACUUGUCUAUUUGCAUUUGUUUAAAAUGUGCUAGUAGAAAUGCUCGUCAUCUAUGCGCUGAAGGCGCACAUGCUUCAGGGAGAAAACUUUCAUUCCAGAUAUGAUGGAAGCCAGCGCAUGUCUUCUCUGAUUCUGAAGCUAAUUGCCCCAAAGUUUUUGCUUGUUAGUGCUGCUGUUUAAAGGAGGACAUUCCUUCCUUGUUUCACGGAACUGUGAAAGUCUCUCUGGGACAUUCGGCUCUCUUUAGAUCAAAAAGCCUGUUUAAUUAUUAUCUUUGCCAUCACCGAAACUAAGGUUGUGAAUUUAACAGGCGACAAACUAUGUUGAUAUUUGACAGUGAUGCUACAUGCAGGCAUUAAUUUAUUACAUAUGCUAAUUUGUGAAGCAAAUAAAUUAUAAAGUCAAUUUAAAUUGC